UACAUCGGCUACGCGUAUCGGUGCGCGAGGGUUUGCUCACUUUAUUUUUUGUGUGAAUAUUUAAUAUAUUUUGUGUGUGUUUCUUAUCAUUAUUACUUCCACUAUAGUCAGUCGUAUCGCCAGCAAGAAGAGUCCGCCUGCAGCAAACGAAAAACAGGUGUAGAAUUGUUUAUCUACCACCUGAAUAGUUUAGCACGUUUCACAUCCCGUGCGUCAAUUUGAUUGUACGUUUUUAUUUCUGGUCCUCGGACGCUAGUAUUAUCGCUACAAAUGGACGUGCUAUCGAACGAAAAGUAUCUUAUUGCGCGCGCGAAAGAAUCCACCGAUCCGUACAAAGCGAAGGCAUGGAUCAUAGCGGCCAAAACACUCUUCCCGAACGACUUCGGUGUGCAGUUUGAGGCGUACGAAAUCGAAAAGAAUGCAAACAACUUUGAGGAAGCGGCCAAGUGUCUUAGCUACAUCGUAAUGACGUUCCACGGGGCGCACCAGACGCCAACCAGCUUGCUGAACGAGAUAUCGCUCAUGACGAAUGCGCUGCGCAUACCGGAAGGUUGCACCACGCCCGAGCAAGAAUUUUACGUGAAGAUGUUCCAGUACAUCUCGUACGAGGUGCAGCAUCAAAUUUUGCUACUAACAGCGGCACACUCGAACAACAAUCUCGACCACUGUCGGUUGAUCCUGCUGCUGCUGAAACGCUUUCCCCAAGCGAUCUCUACGCAUGCGCCACGAUUGCUGGAGACGCUGAUUCAGAAUGUGGCGAUUCCUAGCUUCAAGGAAAUGUUGUUCAACGAAGCGAUACCCCUGGUGUACAACCGUGCACCGGAACUGGCACCUAAGCACGUGCACCGGCUAAUGGCGGUCUGUUUCGAGUACUACCUGAACCAGAUGCUGAGCGACACCGAGGAUCGGGCCCGAACGUCGGCCGACUGCUGGAAGAAAAUCUUUGAAAUUCUGGACUUUUGCGGCAAGAUGCUGAAAUGGGAACCGUUCGUGCUGUACAAGAAGAGCUACAGCAAGGACGUGUACUGGCAGAAAAUCAUCCACAUCUACAAGCUCGACCCGUUCCAGUCGACCGAAAGCAAGCAGAUACUGUUCUGUGCCACGAUUGUGUUCGUGCUAGCGCUGCAGGAUUACAUCGGGUAUUCGAAGCUGCGCUCGAAGGACGGCAUAACCGACACGGAUGUGAUACUGGUCGAGGCACUGAAAGAUAUGCCGCCGGAGGUGAAGCGGCGUGCGCACGAGGGUGCUGUACUCGAGAUACCGCACAUUCUGGUGAAUGCUCCGGUCAGCCCGGACGCACCGAACUGUUUGCUGGCGUGCCAAAGCUGCUGGCAGCUGCUGCACUCGAACGAUGUGAUGAAGGCGGACUUUGCGCAGCUCAUCCUGUGCAUACCGCAGCUGUCCGGCUGGGUGCAGAAGUUCCUCAUCGAUCUGUACGUGUGCGCGGGUCAGCACGAGGAAACGGCUACGCUGCUGCAGGCAUCCACCGGCAACACCGCCAUGUCGCUGUUGGAAAAGUCCGUCCGCCAGUUUGCGCUCACGCUCGUGCAAGGCCCGCCGACGGUGCAUCUGUUCGAGCAGAUGGGCACGGUGCUGAAGCAUCUGCCGCACGCACCGCCCGGCGGCCACUAUCUGGAGAACGUUUCGCUCGCUCAAACGGCGCGCGUGCUCAUGCUGAUGCCGCUAACGAAACGCGCCAUACUGCACUACCUGGUGCAAACGCUGAUCGUGCUGCUGAAGCCGAAGCUGAUCGAGAUGGAGUGCAGCAGCUCGCUGCUGGGCAAUAUGCUCGUCCUGUCCCAGCUGAACUGGCCGCACGAAUCCACCACGGUGGAAAUUAUUUUCGAGCUCAUCAAAACGCGCCGCCAGUUCACGUACCUGCAUUUCACGAGCUACGUCAUCCAGGCGGAAAUCAUCGAGGAGUUUAUGCAUCUGUGGACGCAUUCGCCCGACGUAAAGCUGGAGCUGGCCAUGCCCCAGCAAAGCCUGGCGACCGGUGCCCGACGCAUCGGGACGCGCGGUGCGGACAAGGGCGUAAAGGAGGACUUUAAGCUGAUCAUUCGGCAGCAGGUGGCGCGCAGCAACGAUGACAUCGAUGAACUGUUGCUGCAAUUCCUGCAGCAGCAGCACGUGGCACUGGCACAGAAUGUGUUCGACAAAUGAACAAAGUACAAGGUACAAUAAAAAGCAUUACCAAGAUUCGGAUGCAACCUAA